AUGGCGCUGCACGGAAAGCCCGUUCGCCAAGAGCUGCUGGAACAGCUGAGAGGCCAAGAGCUCCGAAUUCCAGAUCUCAGACGCAUGUUCAAACACUGGCCUAUGGAUAUCAAUACUCAGCUCGAGAGCAUCCGUGCCUCAGUUCCAAACAGAAUAUCAAGCCUUACCGAGUCUGCCCAGAAGCAAAGACUUUUGACCAAGAUCGACUCGGGGCUUUUUUCUUCAACAUGGUGGCCCGGAGCUACCUUGGCAGACGGAGACAUCCUGUCGUGCUUGGCUCUAUGGCUUUUCAUUUGGGAUGAUGAAAUGGAUGCGGAGGUCGGAGACUUGUCGAGUGAUUUCCAAGCCGCCCAAACUUUCCGUAGGGAAACCAUCGAGUAUGUCCGCCAUUGUCUCGGGCUUGAUGAGGUUGGUUGCGGCACGCGAGAACCUCCGGAGAAUAAGAGGUAUCUAGAACACCGAGAAUUGUUGUUCAGAGAGCUGGAAUUCUUCACGAAAACAUCCGAAGUAGAAGAGAAGCGUAGACUGAGCCCUGAUCUGCCUUCAGUAGAGGAGUAUGUUGAGACAAGGAUGGGAACGAGCGCUGUCAAUGUCACCAGCUUCUUCAACGAGUACGCGUACAGAGUAUCGCUACCAAUCAAGCUACUCACCGACCCUUACAUGAAAGUCGUAUGGGACAAGACGAAUAUCAUAAUAUGGGCCACGAACGAUCUGCUGUCCCUAAAGAAGGAAGUGGGUCAACAAUCAGUAGACAGCAUCGUUCCACUCCUGUUUCGCCAGUUCGGCAGCUUGGACUUGGCCGUCUCGAUGGUCGUGGAGACGAUUGAGAAGGCCGUUGAGGACUUUGACUACGCUGCUUACAUCCUUACUGAACGAUACUCUGGCGACGAAUCUCUGAUUGGCAAUCUCAAGACGUACAUCAACGCAUGCAGACUCAACUGUACAGGCAAUCUGAACUGGAGUCUUCAAACCGGUCGGUACGGCGUAUCUAAGCACGCAAUUGCAGGUGGUGUCAUGAUGCGUCUGGAAUAA